AUGAUUGACAUUGAGGCAGUCAUUGAUGGAAUAAAAGUCUUUAUGACGUUUGUUUAUGGUGACCCUGUUUUGGAAAGACGAGAUCAAGUUUGGGAACGUCUUACGCGUUUCUCAACAACUAGAACUAGACCUUGGUUCAUGAUUGGAGAUUUCAAUGAAAUCACGGAUCACAAUGAGAAGGAAGGAGGGAGACAGCGUUCUGAUAGCUCGUUCCUACCUUUUAAGCAAAUCCUUACAGACUGUGGGAUAGCAGUAGGAAAUGCUGAUUGGCAUGAGAAGUUCCCACACUCUAAUGCCAAGUACUUGAGAUUAUGGGGAUCGGACCAUCGUCCGAUUCUUGCAGACAUACUGAAAAAGCCAACGAGAAGAUCAAAGAAAUUCAAAUUUGAUAGGAGAUGGCUAGACAAUGAAGAACUGAGGCAAGUCAUUCUUGAGGGAUGGAAAUCUCCUGAUCUACCCCCCAAUGCGACUAUAAUGGAACAUAUUUCUAGUUGUCGAAAAGCCUUGAGUGAGUGGAGGAAACAACACAAUAUCAACUCGGCAAAGCUAGUGGAGGAGUUAAAGGAGAAAGUUGAGGGUUUAUAUGCAGACGACAAUGCGACGACGGAGGAAAUUGCAGCAGCGUUGAAGGAACUCUCUGAUGCUCUUAAGGCAGAAGAAAUGUUCUGGAAACAAAAGAGUAGAGUGUUUUGGCUGAGAGAGGGAGAUAAAAAUACCAAAUUUUUUCAUGCCUUAACGAAGCAAAGGAGAGCGAGGAACAAAAUCACGCAGCUUCGGGAUGUUGAUGGUAACAUAGUUGAGGAUGAGGAAGGCCUGGUAGCCAUUGCUACUAGCUAUUUUCGGCAAAUCUUCGAAUCAUCUACACCAGAAGACAUUGAAGAGGCGCUAUCUGAAGUUCCUACGACGAUCAUAGGAUCAAUGAAUGACAGCCUCACAGCUCCUAUUUCUGAAUGGGAGGUUAAAUUAGCUCUCUUUGCUAUGCAUCCAGAUAAGGCGCCGGGACCAGAUGGGAUGACUGCACUUUUUUACCAACAGUUUUGGGAUAUAGUCAAGCAGGAUUUAACUCUUAUGGUGAAUAAAUUCCUGUUUGAAGGACAUAUAGCCAAUGGUCUGAAUGAUACAAACAUAUGCCUUAUCCCGAAAACAACUAAGCCUAAUGAUAUGGCUCAGUUUCGACCCAUAAGCUUGUGUAAUGUUAGCUACAAGAUCGUCUCGAAGGUCUUAUGCCAGAGACUAAAGAAAGUCUUGCCAGGAUUGAUAUCAGAAACCCAGUCGGCCUUUGUUACUGGAAGACAGAUUUCAGAUAAUAUCAUGAUUGCUCAAGAGAUGUUUCAUGCCCUACGAACUAAACCGAGUGGACGUAAUAAGAGGAUGGCCAUCAAGACGGAUAUGAGUAAGGCAUAUGAUAGGAUGGAAUGGUCGUUUAUCGAAGCUGUGAUGCGUAAGAUGGGAUUCUCUGAGACAUGGAUCACCUGGAUUAUGAGGUGCAUUACGUCGGUCAAAUACAAAGUUCUCAUGAAUGGGCAGCCAAGAGGGAAUAUUGUUCCAGGUAGAGCGCUCGUUAGCCUUCUCAAUCAUGCAGAGAACCAAGGGAAGAUAACGGGGAUGCGUAUUACACGCGCAUGUCCUUCGAGGAUUAAUGCAGCCACCCGGCAAGAGGUUAAAGAUACACUUGGAAUACACAAUGAUGGAGGGAUGGGAAAGUACUUGGGGAUCCCAGAGGAUAUUAGUGGUUCUAAAUGUAAACUUUUUGCAUUUUUAAAGGAUGAUCUGAUGCAUAGAGUCAAUGGAUGGACUGGUCGAUGGCUCUCAAAAGGGGGAAAGGAAGUAAUGAUCAAAUCCAUUUUACUCGCUCUUCCGACAUACGUUAUGUCGACGUUUCUGCUCCCAUUGGAGAUUUGUGAAAACCUCGCUAGUGCCAUUGCACAAUUUUGGUGGAGCUCGAAUCCACCAAAAAGAGGAAUACACUGGGCGAAAUGGGAAAAGGUUUGUUUACCAAAAGAGGAGGGCGGUAUUGGUUUUCAUUUAAUUCAUGAGUUCAAUCUAGCACUACUGGCAAAGCAACUAUGGAGACUGGUCCAAUACCCUGAUUCACUGGUUGCCCGAGUAUUAAGGGGGAGAUAUUAUAGGAUGACCUCGCCAUUGAGAGCGAUCUCUACUAGCAGCCCAUCAUAUGUGUGGACAAGCAUCUCCGCAGCAAGGAAGCUUUUACUGCUAGGUAUCAGACAGAAGAUUCAAUCUGGCUAUGAUGUCAGGGUGUGGGAGGAUCCGUGGAUUCCAAAAACACCUGCUAGACCAGCUAGACCUAUAGCGCCUGUGAUGCACCUAAACAUGAGAGUCAGUGACAUCAUUAAUCAGGAAUCAAAGGAGUGGGAUGUAGGACUACUAGAUGAUUAUGUCCAUCCUGAUGAUAUACCACUCAUUCGCAGCAUGGCCAUAAGCUCUACUCAUCGCCGAGAUACUUUCUGCUGGAACUACACGAGGAAUGGCCAAUACACAGUCAAAUCUGGAUACUGGGUUGCUCAGAACCUGUUGAAGCAAUGA